UCGGCAAUGAUAAACCAUUAACUGAUAAAACCUAAAAGAAUUUAACAUAAUUAAUUACCUAAGUUUGAAAAAGGUUUCUUCAAUAUGAGUUUCUCAGUGAAACAUUUGUGCAGAUCGUUUUCUUCAUCUUCUGUAAGAAAUGGGAAGAGAAAUUUCAAAAAUUUCAUAAUCUACAACCGAGGAACAAAUCAUUUCAAAAAACAGCAAGAAGAAAAUCCAAAUAAAGAAUUUCAAGUUGCUGAUUAUGGUGUAAGAGAAACUACUGUUAAAAUUGGCCGUAAGUAUGUGACUGUCCAAGAAAAAAUUCCUGAUAUUAUUGUUCCAGAUUUAGAAGAUUUCAAUUUGAAACCAUACGUAUCAUACAGAGUUCCAGAGGUAAAUCAGUCUGAGUUCACAGCAAAAGAUUUAUUUAAUGUGGUUUAUCGCAGUAAGAUUAUUAAUGAUUUUAAUAAAAACAAACUGAAAGAAAAUGGCGAACCUUUAGAACCUAAUGAAGAAGAAUCUUUAACACCUGAACAAGCUAAAGCUCGAGCUAGGCAAACAGGCUGCGAUUUGUUUUCAGAAGGCAGAUAAAAGUCGAAUACCUAAUUUGAUUGAUAGCUUUUUUUUUUAAAUAUUGUUUUUAAAUUAUUAAAUAUUUAGUUUUAAUUGCUGUGUUAUUUUCAAUA